CCGAGCCUCAGUCUGGGCCAAGCCGCGGUGGAGGGAGGACGUGUUUCGUUUUCAUUGCGCCUCCUUUCUUCGCCCCGCCCUUCACGCUAGCAAGACCUCCUCCCUCUCGCUUUUUCCCACCCGCAGUUACCGUGCAAUCAGUGACCCACUAAGCACCGAGCCUCGAAAUACCACGCUGCUAUUAAGAAAAGAAAGCAGACGAAAAAAAGUUCCUGUAAGUUGUUGGACGAAGCGGAAGAACGAUUCUGAAACGGGAACUUAGAGAGAAACAGCAACGCAGCCUCCUCCGCCUCCUCGCGAAACCAAACGAAACGAAACGCAAGAGAAAUGAGAGCAGUGGGAUAAGAUUAACAGCGAAGUGUAGACAAGCGAGAAGCGAGGAGCAAGGAACGUAUGAAAAAAAGAAAGACCAAAAAAAGACAGACGACAAAUACAUGCGAGCAAGAACGCGUGGCACUCGAGUCUAGCCAAAAAGAUUUAAUAUACCUCAUUCGUGUUGGAAAUAGUUGCAAUUAAAACCGGCAGAGCAAAUAAUACUAAGGGAAGAAAAGACUACAUGCAAAAUAAAAAUAAAAUCAUAGUCCUUUGUGUGUAUGUGAGUGUGUACGUGUGUGUCUGUGUGUGUGUGUGUGUGUGUGUGUGAGAGUCUCUUUGUGUGAAUGCGAUUAAAUUCUUAUCAUAUACAGAGUACAAAGACCAAACCCAACAUACAUAUCGCGUAUAAUUGCCUUAACAAAACCAUAAAACAAAGAACAAAGAGAAAAAACCGAAAACUCGUUAUCACCCGAGCACUCUAAAAGCAUAUCGAGUGACGUCAUAUCGAAGGGAAACUCACCCAAACCAAAAGUAUUAAGAGAAAAAAGAUUAAAACUAAAACUAAAAUACAUCUACCUCCAGCUCUUCCACUCACCCCCGAGCCGUUCACGCAUAUUUCAAAGCAUCUACAGCGAGAGAGCAAGCACCACGGGACCUUCACACUACACCCAGCACAGCCAACGAGUGUAUAUUUACAUCUCUCGCCGCCUUCCUCUUGUUUCCAGAGUCUUGACAUACAGUUCACAUCACAACAUUCACACCAAAGGAUCGCCGGCCCACUCACUCACUCAGGCGAAGGUUACUUGAGUGGGUGUUGCAACUGGUGUGUUUUGGGGUGCUGUGGCUUUCCAUGCUUAUAAACACUCAUUAAAACACAGCAGUAACAUCAAAAGGGAAGAACAGCAGACCUACGCACAGUACGAGGGGAAAAUUACCUACUUCCAAGCCUAUAAGAGUGGUGUAGCUGCUGUAUUUCAUCUCCUCACACAUACACGAUUCACAGCACAGCACUGACAUUCAAAGCAAGAACAGCAGACUUACACAUAUCCCGAGGUGAUAAUUAGUUACUCCCAAGGCUAUUAGUGCUGUAGCUUCAGUGUUUCACCUCCUCAAAUACACACACAAUUCACAUCACGGCACUGACAUCAAAAGGAAGGCAGAGAACAGUGACCCGAACACAGAACGCUUCGCUAACUGCAAGACUGGAGUGGAACUGGGUAUUAUAUCUCCCGUGUCCCAACUUCCAGUGUUUCAACUUAUACAUGCAUGGCAGCAAGACGUACUGACACACACGCACGCUAAGCCGCUGCAAACGAGCUCUCCGUCUUGUCUCCGUAUACCGGGAAGACCAACGAAGCAGGCGGAGUGAGAAGGUGCGAAGGAGAGGAGAAAAGGACAAAGGCAAACUGCGUGUCAUAAACUUUGACUGGAAGAGAUAAGAGCCAAACAGGAAGGAAGGAAGACAGCAGCAGCGAGAGAGAGAAAAGUAAUGGAAACUAACGCGAAGAAGGAGCAGCACGGAGACAAUAUUGAAGUCGGGGAAGCAUGAAGGAGAUCGCUGCGGAAAAGUCAGAGGAAAGUCGAAGUAAUAACAAUACCGAGAACGAAGCGAGAACUUGAGGAAAACUAAAAGAAAACGGAGAAGACAUAAACGGCCGCACGGAAAAUUAAAAUCAGGAGACUACAUACGAAUUCCUGGAAGAUAAGAGAGAAAAAAAGAUAAAGAGAAAGUGAAGAUAAACAAACUAAUAAACAACUGCCUGAGAAUAGAAAACAGGAAGAAGAAAAAAAAUAAGAUAAAGCGAAAAAAGGAAAAAAAAACCGUCUAAACAAAUUUCUGAAAGAGAAAAAAACAAAUAAAAAACGAAAUAAGUAAAAAAGUGAAAGGAAAAGCAAAGAAACAAAGUAAUAAACAACUUGAGAAUAGAGAACAGAAACAAAGCAAAACAAAACAAAACGAAGCUAGCGACAAAAAAAAAAACAUUACAAAUUCCUGAAGACAAAAAAAUAAUAAAGUGAGAUAAACCAAAAGUGAAGGGACAAACAGAUAAACAAAGAAACUCACAAACAAUCAAAUAAACAUAAACCUGAGAAUAUAAAACGAGAGGAGCCUAAAAAAAAAGUGAAUGCUAAAAACGGUCGCGAUGGAUCAGUGGGUGUCAACGGCAAGCUCCUGGGUCCGGAUUCUGCUGCUGGUGACGUGGGUUCUGCUUCCACCUGUUCUACCCCUACCAGGUGAGGUGGCGAGAGGAAGGCAAGACAACGACGUGGUGAACAAGUUCCCUUCACAUGACAGCCGCGAGGAGCAUCACAGCCACAGCCACCACCACCACCACCACAGCCUGCCUCCACCUCUACGUCACAACACCACCAGGUGUGUGAACGGCUACCUGCUGGAUGACCUCACCUGCGCGUGUCACCCCUGCUGGGACGGGAGCACCUGUGAAAACUAUGUGGACAACUACGCCCCGCGGUUCCUGGUUCACGCCGCCACCGCCGUGCUGCCCACUAACGCCACAGGUGUCGUGUACCGCGCGUGGAGCACCGACGAGGACCUGGGUCUCACUUGCCCGCUAGGCCCAGGUGAGUCGGCCCGCUGCCCCUGCGCUUCCGUUACCUACCAGCUCUUUGCUGCACCUGGGGACCGCCACUUCCUCCUCGACCCUGUCUCGGGCAUCGUCACCAGGAAUAACGAGACGCAGCUGGGGGCGGGCGCUUCUUACACCUACAAGCUUAUGGUGCAAGGUACCCCCGUGGCAGGCCAGAUGCAGGCGCUCCUCUACGACCUUCUCGACCUACGAAUCUACGUCAGCACAGAUUACGUGAAGAAGAUUCCGUGGACUUAGUGAUGCCCCUAGACCCUGCGCCUCCCCUCCAGCCCUACUGUGGACCUGAAGGCGUCGGGAGGAACGCCGUUGGGGGCCAGAGGAAGGAAGUACCACCACCAUCACCACCACCAACAACAACAGCACCCUUACCAACACCCUUUAUCCCAUUCCCUAUUCCCUAGCGUCCUCACCUACCCAUCCACGGCUUCCUCCCCCUUUCCUCCCCGUUUCCCAUAGGAGCCAACGGGACCUCAAGGCAGGCCCACCCAUUCCAUUCCCUCCUUUCCUAUCAAUCCCUCCCUUCCUUUCUUCCUACCUGCUCCUCCCCUCCUUCCUUCCUCUAGCGGCGCCCCGAAAGUGUACAGUGAAAAGUGUGAAACGUGAAGCCUCAAAAAAAUCUAUAGUAGUGCAGUAAGGUGUCACGGUACUUAGCUGUGUCCUCCUCCUCCUCUUCCCUUUCCUUCCCCUUCCUUCCCCUUCUCCUCCUCCUCCUCCUCCUAUUCCUUUUGACGUCGUGUGGAAUGUGUUUUCUAAAAGUAUUUUUUCAACAAGGCAUAUAUAUUUUCGCUUGGCGCGGUCUCGUGAGUGUGUAGUGGGAGUGUGGGAAGACUGGGCGGGGUGAGAAUUUGUGUGGGAGAGAGAGA